GGUAGAAAAGGCGGAGAAGAGGAGUGAGCAGUUUUCCCUGCAGCUUGGUGACGUGAGCAUGCAGACAUGAGCGCCCUCAGACGAGCGUGCAGAGUGCUGGCCAGGGUCGGUACGGGCAGGUCCUACCAGUUUGUGCUGCUCCUGGCCGGCUCCAUGGCCGUGGUGGCCUUUUACUACUUCGGCUCCGAGAAGCACAACUUCUCCAGCACCACCAAGAGGAUCAAGCAGACGCGGGCCAGCCACAACUCCAACAGGAACGACGCGGACCUGACGGCGGACUGGGAGACCCACCCCGGGGAGGAGGACAACGAGGCGGGCGCCGAGAAAAGGCACUACCACCUCCUCAUGAUGUUCACCAAAGUGGACAAGAGCCGCAGCCUGCAGGACAAGUUCAGGGUGGCCAUGUUGUCCAUGGUGAAGCACGCGCGCUUCUUGGAAGGAGAGAAGCUGCUGCUUCAUUUUGUCAGCGACCAGGCCAGUCGAGAGCUGGCGGAGAAGAUGCUCCAGGAGUUCCUCACAGAUGCCACGUUCAAGUAUGAGGUUGUGUUCCAUGAUGUGGGGGCCCUCACCCGCAGCCUGGCCCCCAUCGUGGAGGCCAUGCAGAAACACUUCAGUGCCGGCUCUGGAGCUUACUACAGCGACGCCAUCUUCUUCCUGUCUGUCGCCAUGCACCGCAUCAUGCCUGAAGCUUUGACGCACAUGGUGCAGCUCGACCUGGACCUCAAGUACCGCACCAACAUCAGGGACCUCUUCCAGGAAUUUGACCACUUCGCAGCGGGGGCGGUCAUCGGCAUCGCCAGGGAGAUGCAGCCGGUGUACAGUAUGUUGACCGGCAGACACACCUUCUGGCAGUACCGCAAGGAGAACCCGGGCACACCAGUGGGUGAGCCGCCUCCUGAGGGUCAGCCGGGCUUCAACAGCGGUGUGAUGCUCCUGCACCUGGCGGCCAUGCGGGCGUCUCCUCUCUACAACCAACUGCUGCAACCACACCAUGUGGGCAGACUGGCCCAGCACUACCACUUCAGGGGCCACCUGGGGGACCAGGACUUCUUCACCAUGGUGGGCAUGGAGCACCCACACCUCUUCUACUCGCUGCCUUGUGGCUGGAACCGACAACUCUGCACCUGGUGGAGGGAGCACGGCUACGCUGAGGUCUUCCCCUUGUACUAUCGCUGUGACACACCCGUCUUUAUUUACCACGGAAACUGUAACAGUGUCAUACCCCAUGAUUGAACACACCCGUCUUUAUUUACCACGGCAACUGUAACGGUGUCAUACCCCAUGAUUGAACACACCCGUCUUUAUU